CCGCCCUUAGCGCCCAGAGCUCCCGAGACCAGCGCUUGGCUGUCCAAAGGGCUGAGGCACGCCAGCAGCGGCCAGGCGCUCCCCAGCAGCCAGCGCGGAGCCAGCGCGCAGCUGCUUCGGCAUGUGAGCGGAGUUUCCCGGGCAUCAACCCCGAGCUAUGUACUCCGGGAACAGCAGCAAGAGCAGCAGUCUGGAGCCGACGCCGGGGGAGGAGGAGUCGGAGCAGCAGCAGGUGGCGGCGGCGCCCUUCAGCGGCGGUACCUACGAGCUGCUGGCCCUGCUGAUCGCCACCAUCGGCGUGCUGGGCUUGUGCAACAACCUGCUGGUGCUGGUCCUUUACGCCAAGUUCAAGCGGCUCCGCACGCCCACCCACCUCUUCCUGGUCAAUAUCAGCCUCAGCGACCUACUCGUGUCGCUCUUCGGCGUCAGCUUCACCUUCCUCUCCUGCCUCCGGAACCGCUGGGUUUGGGAUGCCGCUGGCUGCGUGUGGGACGGCUUCAGCAACAGCCUCUUCGGAAUUGUUUCAAUUAUGACUCUCACUGUCUUGGCCUAUGAACGGUACAUUAGAGUAGUCCAUGCAAGAGUGAUUGAUUUCUCAUGGUCUUGGAGGGCAAUCACAUACAUCUGGCUAUAUUCCUUAGCUUGGACAGGAGCACCUCUCCUAGGCUGGAACCAUUACACACUAGAAAUUCAUGGAUUAGGUUGUUCAGUGGACUGGAGGUCAAAAGAGCCCAACGAUACUUCCUUUGUCCUCUUUUUCUUUCUUGGUUGUCUUGUGGCACCAGUUGGGAUCAUGGCCUACUGCUACGGACAUAUUCUUUACACAAUACGAAUGCUUCGUUGUGUUGAAGAUUUGCACACUGUCCAAGUGAUCAAGAUCCUAAGAUACGAAAAGAAAGUGGCUAAAAUGUGUUUUUUAAUGAUAGCCACAUUUCUUAUCUGUUGGAUGCCUUAUGCAGUAGUCUCUCUUUUAAUAGCCUAUGGGUAUGGCCACCUUAUAACUCCAACAGUGGCUAUUGUUCCAUCUUUCUUUGCUAAAUCAAGCACUGCCUACAAUCCAAUUAUCUAUAUCUUCAUGAGCAGUAAGUUUCGGCGAUGCCUUCUGCAGCUCUUCUGUGUCCGUCUCCUGAGAUUCCAGAGGAACUUGAAAGAAAGACCAGCGGUAGGGAAGGAGAAACCGAUAAGGCCCAUCGUCAUGUCCCAGAAGGCAGGAGAUAGGCCAAAGAAGAAAGUGACUUUUAGCUCUUCCUCGAUCAUUUUUAUCAUCACCAGUGAUGACACACAGCAAGGAGACAACCGUACGAAAUACACUGGCACAAAAAUAAAUGUGAUCCAAGUGAAGCCACUAUAGCAGCUGUUGGGUUUUGAGUGGACUUCUGCAAACCAAACUCUUUUCAGGUUUCAAGAUGAUCUUUGUAACACCAUUAGGAAAACAAGCUCCACCUUUCAGAAGUGAAACACAAUAAUUCAGUGACUGGAAGCUCUGUGGCAUGUUAAUUGUUGUUACAGUGCUGAAAUGAUGCCAUGUAGCUGAAGGAUGGAUUUUUUUUACUUAGAAUAUUUAUUUUUCCAUAUCAUGACUUGAUUACUUAGUUAGCACUUGCUAUGCUGUACACAGACCAGGGAAAUAAAGGAGCCAUAGUUCCUUCACAUAGCCUUACUGAUUUAUUUAGUUUGAAGCAAUUUUUAUGCUACAUUUUAAUACAGUGCGAUUACACAAGCUAGUUCAGGCCUGUGUAAGUACAGCCUCAAGCACUUGUCUUGAUUCACUGCCGGGGUACAUGUGAUGGGUAUUUUUUGUAGGACAAGCUUCUCCCUUAUGCAAAAAAAGGUGUCUGCUCAAAAGCAAACUGGCUCCUAUAGAAAACUGUGCCUUGGCAUUGUGGCAUCCCUCCCUCCCCCAUAAAAAUU